GUUGUAAAAUCAUUUGUUUUUGAAGAAUUCAUACCCAAUAAACACGAAUAAAGUAACGAAUCAGGGUCCGGUCUAAAUUGAAGCUGGAUAGAUUUGAGCGGCGGAAGGUCGCAAUAUAUAACACCGACAACAGUUGUUCUCCACUAUUUUUCGCUUCGAUCCAGAUCUGAUCCGUAACGCACACCGAGAUCAUGGGCCGUGGUGUCAGUAGUGGCGGAGGACAGAGUUCGCUCGACUACCUGUUCGGAAGCGGAGAGCCAAAGCCCACCACAGCCAGGACAGAACCGGUGGCUGCAGCUCCGGUGAACCAUGUUCAUGUUGCUGCCGCCACCAAUGAGCCACCUCCUAAGCCUACAGCCACCGUGCCUCAGCCAGAUAUCACAAAACAGGUUCCGGCAGGGAUUCAGGGUAGCCAGAAAAACAACUAUUUCCGAGCUGAAGGACAGAACACCGGAAACUUUCUUACGGAUCGACCUUCAACCAAGGUUCAUGCAGCACCAGGUGGUGGAUCUUCUUUGGGAUACCUGUUUGGUGAUGGUAGCACUAGCAAAUGACAUACCAAUUACCACCAUUGAUUCUUAGAAGAUAAGAGGUCGUUGCCAAUGGUUUGAGGUCAAAUCUGACGUGAGUAUCCGAUGAAGUUGUGUAAUUUGAGUUAGAUUUUUUUACGGUUUUAAAGAAUGAGACUAAAGAUGGUGUACCUGUUUUUUUUAAUAUAAUGUUGGGGAUGAAUUAAAUCCAUUUUUUUUAAUAUAAUGUUGAGGGAUG